AUGCCCUUCCUCAAGACGUGGUCAGCACUGGUGCUGCUCAGUGCUAUUUCCUGCACUUCAGCUCAAUCUUACGACUACAUAAUCGUAGGUGGCGGGACAGCGGGCUCAGCUCUGGCUACCCGCCUGAGUCUUGGUCUUCCAAAUGCCUAUGUCUUGCUUCUCGAGGCUGGCCCGUCUGCUCUAGACGAGCUCCGUAUCAAUGUACCUGGUCUGAGAGGCUCAAUACUGGGGACGCAAUAUGACUGGAACUUCACUUCAGUUGGCCAGAGCGCUCUCGGUGGCCGUCAGAUCCCCGUCAACCGCGGCAAGGUUCUGGGUGGCUCGUCAGCCAUGAACUACCUUUGCUAUGACCGCGCUGCUGCUGCCGAGUACGAGGCUUGGGGCGAGAUGGGUAGCGGAGGCUGGUCGUGGGAUGUCAUGAUCGAGGCCAUGACCAAGUCGGAGAACUUUACGGGCUCCGACAAAGACCCUCGUGGUCGUUCUGGCCCCAUCCGUAACACCUACAACCGUGUGGUGUAUGAUGUCCUCAACACAUGGCAACCGGCCGGAACGGAACUCGGUCUUCCUAUAAACGAGGAAGGUAACAUGCACGGCAACCCCAUUGGCAUCAUGUUCCAGGGCACCAACAUCGACAAUACCGACUAUUCCCGGUCUUACAGCGCCAACAGCUAUCUUCCACUUGCAGGGUCGAACCUCGAGGUGAGGACCAAUGCCCAGGUCGUUAAGGUCAAUCUUAACAAGACUUAUGGCAACGAUUACACUGCCACUGGUGUGACACUGGCCGAUGGCACGGUUGUCAACGCUGUCAAAGAGGUCAUCUUGUCUGCUGGUUCUAUUCAAAGUCCUGGUCUGCUCGAGUUGUCUGGUAUUGGUCAGACUGCUGUGCUCAAAGCCGCCGGUGUUGAGCCGCUCAUUGACUUGCCUGGCGUCGGUGAGAACUACCAAGACCAUAUCCGCACGUCCAACGUUUAUCGUCUCAAGGAUGAGUUUGACUCCUUCGAUGCGCUCAUCUUUGACUCCAGCGGUGCUAACGCCACCGCUGAGCUGCAAAAGUGGAUCGAUGGCGAGGUGUCUCUCUACGACUACACGACCGCGGCAUACGGUUUUCUGAAUUGGGGGCAAAUAAAUCAAUCGGCUCAGGCCGAGAUCAUUGCUCUUGCAGAGGCGGAGUUUGGCAACAGCACCAACCCCAUUGACAAGAAGAAGCUCGAGUUCCUCAAAGACGACUCCGUCCCGGACUAUGAACUCAUCUUUGACGCAAACUACGUGGGCGCGGCCGGAUACCCUGGUUCUGGCAAGUUCAUUACCAUCUUCAGCACCGUCAUGCAUGCCCUCAGCCGGGGCAACGUGCACAUUGAUCCCGCGAACCCCACCGGCAAGCCCAUCAUCGACCCUAAGUUCCUGAGCAACGAGCACGACAUCAAGGCCGCUGUCGAGGGCGCCAAGUUUGCGCGCAAGAUUGCCGAGACGGGACCCCUCAAGGCCGUCUGGGAAGUUGAGAUGGAGCCUGGCCCGGAUGUUCUGACUGACGAUCAGUUCCGUGAGUUUGCCGUCAACACGGUCACGAGUUUCUACCACCCGGUCGGAACCUGCUCUCUUCUUCCCAAGACUGAGGGUGGGGUCGUCGAUGCUGAUCUGCGGGUUUAUGGUACGCAGAAUCUGCGAGUAGUCGACAACAGCAUUGUGCCCGUUAUUGUAUCUGGCCACAUCCAGACAGCUGCGUACGGUGUUGCUGAGGUGGCGGCUGCGAAGAUCAUUGCGAAUGCUAUUUGA